AUGGAAAUUGCAGGAUUUAGUGUUUGCCCCUGCUGUCAGGCACCCACGCGGCCGCAGGCGCUCAACACUAACCUGCAGCUGGCGCGUCUAGUGGAGGGUCUGGCGCAGGUGCCCCAAGGCCACUGCGAGGAACACCUCGACCCGCUGAGCAUCUACUGCGAGCAGGACCGCGUGCUCGUGUGCGGAGUGUGCGCCUCGCUUGGUUCGCACCGCGGCCAUCGUCUGCUGCCCGCCGCCGAGGCCCACGCGCGCCUCAAGACACAGCUCCCUCAGCAGAAGCUGCAGCUGCAGGAGGCCUGUAUGAGAAAAGAGAAGAGUGUGGCCCUGCUGGAACAUCAGCUGGUGGAGGUGGAGGUGAGGGGCCAGCAUGGUGGAGCCUGGGAAUUGUCCUGGGAAUUCUGGAUGUUGGUUUUUUGA